CCGACCCCCUAAGACCACUAGACCGUCCUAUGGUUUGCUAUUGCGGUCGGGUGGCUUGUCCGCUCCGGAUCAAGUAAGCUCAGCUCAAAUGGGGUAAAACCGGAAAUAAGUCGCGAAACGACCGUAACAAACACCCGCGUCGCACUCCAACCCGCCACCUCGUUCCCUCCCUCCCUCCCUCCUUCCUCUGCAACUCUCACUUCCCUCUCAUGCACUCAACAACAGAAAACCGUUUCCGAAGAAGUAUAGUCACAAGCUAGCAGACUGAAACACCGCAGCUGAGCUUCCCAAUCCAUAGAGGGGGGAGAGAGAGAGAGAGAGAUGGCGAUCCCUGACUCUGACCGCGACCGCGCCAGGACCCGACCCCCGCCACACCCCACGACUCAUCGGCCGCCGGUAAAGUCCCGCGUGCCGCUCCGACGGCUCCUCCGGGUGGCCUCCGUAGCUGGCGGGAUUCAAUUCGGGUGGGCCCUCCAGCUCUCCCUGCUGACGCCCUACGUCCAGGAGCUCGGCAUCCCCCACGCCUGGGCCAGCGUCAUAUGGCUCUGCGGGCCCCUCUCCGGGCUGCUGGUCCAGCCCCUGGUCGGCCACAUGAGCGACCGGUGCACCAGCCGGUUCGGCCGCCGGCGGCCGUUCAUCGUGGCGGGAGCCCUGUGCAUCGCCGUCGCUGUACUGAUAAUCGGCCACUCAGCUGAUAUCGGCUGGCUGUUCGGUGACAGAGGCACCACCAGGCCGCGGGCGAUCGGGGCCUUCGUUUUCGGAUUCUGGAUCCUUGACGUCGCUAAUAACAUGACCCAGGGCCCCUGCCGAGCUCUGCUCGCCGAUCUCACGGGGAAGGACCACAGAAGGACUCGAGUGGCCAAUGCAUACUUCUCACUUUUUAUGGCUGUUGGCAACAUUCUUGGCUUUGCUACCGGUUCGUUCAGUGGAUGGUAUAAGGUCUUUCCUUUUACAAUGACCGAUGCAUGCGAUAUAAACUGCGCCAAUCUGAAGUCUGCAUUCUUCAUCGACAUUGCAUUUAUUGCCGUCACCACAUAUAUAAGCGUCUCUGCGGCUCAGGAGGUGCCCCUUAGUUCAAAUGACGGGCAACCGACCUCAGCUGAAGGAGGACUUGAACAGUCAAGCGAGACUCAAGAAGCUUUCAUGUGGGAACUCUUUGGGACAUUUAGAUAUUUUUCUGGGACUGUAUGGAUAAUAUUGCUUGUCACAGCUCUGACUUGGAUUGGAUGGUUUCCCUUCCUUCUCUUCGACACUGAUUGGAUGGGUCGAGAGAUUUACGGUGGCAAGCCUAAUGAGGGACCGAACUACAACAUGGGAGUUAGAAUGGGUGCCUUAGGUCUCAUGUUGCAAUCUGUUGUCCUUGGGAUAACUUCAAUACUCAUGGAGAAGCUCUGCAGUAAGUGGGGUGCAGGUUUCGUGUGGGGGAUUUCGAAUGUUCUCAUGGCUCUCUCUUUUCUCGCAAUGCUUAUAGUCACUUAUGUGAACAGAGUGGAUUUCGAAGGCAGAGAUUUACCUCCUGAGGGAAUUGUAAUUGCUGCUGUAGUGAUUUUUUCAGUACUCGGAUUUCCGUUGUCGAUCACUUAUAGUGUUCCGUAUGCCUUGAUUGCAACCCGUAUUGAGAAUCUGGGACUUGGUCAAGGGUUAUCUAUGGGUGUUCUGAACCUGGCAAUCGUUAUCCCUCAGGUGAUCGUGUCCCUUGGAAGUGGACCUUGGGAUCAAUUAUUCGGUGGUGGGAAUUCACCUGCUUUUGCAGUGGCAGCUGUAGCAGCCUUUGCUGCUGGGCUUAUAGCUAUCUUGGCUAUUCCUCGAACUAGUGUGCAGCAGAAACCCAGGGCUGUCAUCUGAAUUACUCAAGAUUUAUCCGCUUUUAUUUGAGGACUCUCCCUUCCACUGCUUCCAUGGAAGGAGGCUGGGUGCCACGUAUUUUUGGGGCACUGCCAUUUGAAUUCGAAACAAGUGAGUUUGGCCACCAGCCAAAGAGCUGUCGAAGAAAAUUCUUUCUUUUUGAUUGUAGAUUGCAUCGUCGAUGCUGUGAGAAGGUAGGAGGUGUAGGCUUUUAAGUUUAUUUACAUAUAACGGUGGCAAUGCGUUCAAAAUUCAUUGAGCGAAUGAUCAUGCUUUGUGUAUAUAUAUCCCCGUCAUUCCGGUAUUCUUGUUUUCUGUGUAUCGCAUUUUGUUAGGUGCCUUUUCAUUUAAGAAUGCACACUAUCAGAGUGUUUUGCGAGGGUUGGUAGAGAGCUUUGAUUUGUUAUGCUUCGAAUGGAGAUGUUUCCAUGAUGAGGCAAUGGUGCUGAAGAUGGUACAAGUGUUGGGAUUUCGGACUUGUUUCGUCUAAAAUAUUAAGAUCAAAUGGUAUUUUACUGAUGGUUCGUUGUCA